GUAAGGCCGGGGAUGGGCAUUACGCUGGUGAAACCGGGUCGAGUGGAAGCGUUGCCGGUGGUAUAAUCUAUCUUUGCUCGUGGAAGAAUAAGGUUCGGUCUCUUGAGACCAGCCAUGAUGUAAUUGACUCGAUCCAUAUAAAACCAUCGGUGACCCAAUUCAAGGGUAAUCAACUCGAAUUAAGUCAAUCGCACGGUUAAUCAGCAACAUGGCUCAACGAUACUACACUCUCGCAGAAGGAUGCCCGUACGCGAGCAAUUCCACCUCGGUGCAGCUGCGCAGCGGCAAUGCCGGCCUGCUUCUGAUGCAGGACACGCAGCUCAUCGAGACGCUGGCACAUUUUGCCCGCGAGCGGAUUCCCGAACGAGUGGUCCACGCCAAAGCCGCCGGAGCAUACGGCGAAUUUACCUGCACUCACGACUGUACCGACAUCACCUCAGCCAGCUUCCUCAGUGAGAUCGGCAAAACCACGCCCCUGCUACUGCGCAUCUCGACCGUAGGACCCGAGGCCGGCUCGGCCGAUACCCUCCGGGAUGUGCAUGGCUGGGCGAUGAAGCUGUACACGGAUGAGGGCAACCUCGACUGGGUGUUUAACAACACGCCGGUGUUUUUCAUUCGCGAUCCGUUGAAGUUUCCGUCGUUGAAUCGGUCGCAUAAGAGGAAUCCGCAGUCGCAUUUGCCGGAUCCGAAUAUGUUCUGGGAUUUCCACGCCGGCAAUCCCGAAGGCUUCCACCAACUUCUCCAUCUGUUUAGCGAUCGAGGCACGCCAGCCUCGCUGCGCCAUAUGAAUGCGUAUAGUGGACAUACCUACAAGUUCACUCUCAAAGAUGGCUCCUUCAACUAUGUCAAAUUCCACAUCAAAACCACUCAAGGGAUCAAAAAUUUCACCAAAGAAGAGUCGGUCCGGGUAGCCGGGGAGAAUCCGGACUUCCUGAUUCAGGAUAUGUUCGAGGUGAUCGAGCGCAAAGAUUACCCCGAGUGGAAGGUAUACGUGCAGGUGAUGACGCCUGAACAGGCGGAGACCUACCGAUGGAAUAUCUUCGAUAUGACCAAGGUGUGGCCGCAUAGUGAUUUUCCGCUGCGACAGAUUGGGACGAUGAAGUUGAACCGUAAUCCACGGAACUACUUUACCGAUAUCGAACAAGCCGCCUUUUCCCCCUCCAACAUGGUCCCGGGCAUCGCUCCAUCGGCAGACCCAGUCCUCCAAGCACGCAUGUUCUCCUACCCCGACGCCGCGCGCUACCGACUCGGCACCAACUACCAACAACUCCCCACCAACGCGGCCAAAGCCCCCGUGUACUGUCCCUACCAACGGGACGGCCAGAUGAACUUUUCCGACAACUACGGCGCGGACCCCAACUACGUCGGAUCCAGUCUGCAGCCCAUCACCUAUUACCAGGAUCUUACCGGCCAGCCGCCCCAGACGGUGAGCACGCUCACCGAGCACGAGAAGUGGGUGGGCCAGGUGAGUAAUUUCCAGUACGGGUUGUACGAGGACGACUUUGAGCAGGCGGCGGGGCUGUGGAAGGUGAUUGGCAAGGAGCCGGGGCACCAGGAGCGAUUCUUUGGCAACGUGGCCGUGCAUUUGAGUCAGGUGAAAUCUAGUGCGCUUCGCAAGAGGGUGUACGGGUUGUUUGGUCGGGUGGAUUGGGGAUUGGGGGAGGGGGUGAGAAAGGCGACGGAGGGGUUGGUGAAUGAUGCACACAAGACUUGA